CUUCUCGUUGACUACUGAAUUUGAGGUAACUGAUCUUGUAUGUUAAUGUUUCGCUAUAGACCAACUUUGGUGGACCACCACUACCAUUUUCCAUUUGCGAGAAUUGGGUUAAUACUUUACAAAAUUGAUGAAUUAAUUGGUCAUAUACUGUAUUCUAAUAGAAGGAAACAGAAAAGGAAUGAAAAGUAGGUAAAUAAAUGCUUUCAUUCGUAAUAGGAACGGAAUAUCGAUUCUCGUUGUCAGUGUAAAGAAAGGAUAAAAUAACUAUUAUAUUUUAUCGAUUGUUAUUUUAUUUCCAGAAAGUCAUUUUUGGAUUAGCUGUUCUGCUAAGAAAUUUUGGAGCCUUGUUCGUUUUAUAGUAGUUCGGAAACAAGGCGAGUCUUUGAUUAAUCGUUUUUCAUUCUUGAAUAAUCUUUUGAUUAUAAAGCUUUUGUUCUGAAAAUUGUACCGAAGCCUGUUGUUUGUGGGCUUCUAUGGAAUUUCACUGUUGAACCCUUGCUAUGUUCCAUGCGAGAUGCAGGGUCAACCACAGUAAUAUUCAACUACAUUUUUACCUUUCUUAUUUUCGUUGUGUUUCAAAUUUACAUCCUUAUAUCUCCUCUCGUUCUUUUGCAUAUACACCGUGGAAACAUUCUUCAAAGACAGAAAACAACACUUUGCUUUCAAACAGAGCAAGUACCAGAAAAGUUACUCCGACAAUUGCCGACCCUUCUUCAAGUCAGAUUUCGAGAAGGUCAAAUCGUGCAUACAUAAGUAAACACGAUGAUGCAUCUAAAGAAAAAAAGCCUGAACAAUCUUUGCGACAAUCCAAAUUUAACUCUUCGAUGUUUUUUAAUCUACAGCAUACAAGAAAGCUUUUAAUAAUGGCCUCUGAUCGAAACAAAGCAUACCUCAGGCCUCAUGAUCCACCGUGCCAAACAGCUAAAAUUCUUUCGUUGUACGACAAACAAAUGUAUAGAAGAACAAGAAAUCUAUAUGAAAUUUUUCAAGGUAAAGAAGAUUUGUUGACUCUCGAUUGGUUUCAAACACUUUUAUACCCAUUGCUCACUUCAACAUAUGAAGUUAACGCCUACGUGAAUACCAUCACUCAAGAUGCAACACUUCCUGAUUACUUCCGUGACAGAAGUUUAGAGGUGAUAUUUUUUAGUUCUCUUUUUGAUCAUUUUUUGACUGUUAAGGAGUUUUAUCUCGUCAUAUACUACUAUUUAAUCGUAAGAAACGCUCCCCAAACGACUUUGCGGUUAUUACAGCAGUUAAAAAAUAUAGCCUUACCAGAGGACAACAUGAUAAAAUCUGUGUUUUUAGAGUGGAGCUUGCAAACCGGAAGAUUCGGAAUAGCAUAUCAAAUUUUUAGAGAGGAGUCGCUUUCUGUUUACCAUCCUUGUAAAACGUUCCUCAAUGUUUUAAAAAUUUAUGGCACGCCUGAGAUGUUUAAUUAUGCAGUUGCUCAGGAAAUGAAGAUUGCGAAAAAAGAAAAACCGACAAAGAACCUCAGAUUUGCCGAAAAAAUAGAUGCUUAUUGCUGGUUAAGUAAUCCGCUGGUAUAAAAUAAACUAAGAAGGAAUGUGGAACAAAAAUAUAUAUAGAUAUAUGCCAUGUAGCACAAGAAAGGAAUAUUCUAAUGAAAGUGGUAUGGUCUAUGGAGUCUAUUAUACGACAUAGAGUCAAACCUAGACGUUGUUUAUUAAUGAAAUUUUUAUGGGUCAUCGAUUUGGAUUUCCGUUGCAAAAUAGCAAUUUGCAAAAUGUGAUCAAAAAAUUUAAGCUGCAUACUCAAUUAUGGAAAAUGAUGCUUCUAUAUUGUAAACCUUA